AUGGAUGGUGAAGAUGUUAGGAAUGAGGAAGAGAAAGCUGCUGAUAAGGCCGAGAGGGAACGUGAGCGUGAGGAGAGGAGGGUGGCUCGAGAGGCUGUGGGUGAUGAAGUUGAAUCUGAUGACGAUGUAGAACCAGAGAGUUAUCGUUUGUAUGUCGCUCGAGCCCAGUCGAAGGCUGAGCGUGCAGCUGUGCUGAAAGAACAGUUUGCGGCUGGGAAGGGCGCUCAGGGUGGUAGGUUUGGCGGAGUUAAUUUAUAUGUAAAGAAUCUUGGGGAAACGGUGGAUGAUAAUGAGCUGAAGAGAAUGUUUGAGCCCUUUGGGACGAUCACAUCGGUUAAGGUUAUGACUGAUGAUAAGGGUGUGUCCAGGGGGUUCGGGUUUGUAUGCUUCUCAACGCAUGAGGAGGCUACUAAGGCGGUCACUGACAUGCAUUUGAAGUUGAUUGGUGGGAAGCCUUUGUAUGUGGGAAUGCACGAGAAGAGGGAACAGCGUUUGGAGAGGCUCCAGCAGAGGUAUAGGGCCCCUCCACAGCAUGAGAUGGGUGGCUUUAAUAAUGGUCUACCGAGAGGGGGCUAUGGUGGUGGUAUGGUGGGCCCUGGAGGCUUCGGAGCCGGUCCGGGUGGUGGUUUCAAUCAGCCUCACCCUAUGUAUUAUUCUGGUGGAGGAGGGGUGCCUAGAGGAGGUCCACACAUGCGUGGUGGUGGCUAUAGAGGAG